ACAUCUCAACCCCCGACUUUUGAACCUUUUGCAGCAGAUCGAUCGUGCAUCACACGGGCGAAUAUGCCUAGCUGAAAAACAAUGACAAAGUGCCCAUCAUAAAAUCGUAGAAGAAACACCCACAUGCAGGGCAGAGCCAUCCAUUCAUCAUCAUGCAGAAGUUUGUUCCGUCCUCUUGCUACACCAUGCUGAUGGUCAGCGCUCUGGGGCUCAUCAUCUACAACGAGUACCUGGAGUUCUACCUCCUCAAGCAGAACCAGUGGACGGGGGCCCGGCACUCCAUCCUGCACCCGACAGCGAGCACGGCGGACGCAGAGCAGACGGGGACCCCUCCUCAGGAUCCUGUCCGGAUUUUGUUCGUGGGCGACCCCCAGAUACAGGGCUACCAGGACGAGCCAGCGAUUUUAGGGUACAUCACAAGAUGGGACGCAGACGUGUACCUGCAGAAGUACUUCCACGAGGCAAUACGAUACAUCAAACCAGACGUCGUCGUGACAAUGGGAGACCUGAUCGACGAGGGCAGUAUAUCCUCCGACGCUGACUUUGAAAUAUACGCAGAGAGGCUCAAGAAACUCUUUGCUGUUCCUGAUCAUAUCAAGUCUAUUGUGAUUCACCUCUCUGGCGACAAUGACAUAGGCGGAGAAGGUUCGGACCCCCUGACAGACGACAAGAGAAAACGAUUCGAGAAACAUUUUGGCCCCGUGACGGAAGCGGUGCACUACAAACACGUUGCGUUCUUCAAGAUCGAUUUUUUACCGUAUUUACAUUUCGUGGGCAAAGAAAAAGAUGAAUUACUGCAAGUGGAACUGGAAAAGAUGGCCGACGAAUCGAGGGAGUCUUCAGUAAGAAUAGUCCUGUCGCAUGUCGGCAUGAGUAGCUCAAUGCUGUACAGGCACAUUGGGGUCCUGCGUACGCUCAGACCUCAAUAUGCUUUCAGUGCCCAUUCGCAUCAUUCAGGCUUUGUCAAGCACCGCCUCUCCAAGCUGAUGGGCACUUACAAGGGGGUCUACAAAACCGAGCAGAGGCCCAUCGCUAACCUCACACCGGAGGAAGAGAGUUUCGAGACGGAGGAGUACAGAGUCCCAACAUGCAGCUACCGGAUGGGUGUGCGACACAUGGCGUACGCUGCAGCAGUCAUCGACGAAUCGGGAAACCUUCACUAUGCGUUGCUGGAGUUGCCGUCACGGUUCAAGCAGUUGUACCGCUACGCCAUGUUUGGGGUCUUUGCGGCCAUCGUCGUGGUGUGGACGUUUGUUUCACAUUCCAUACGGCGGAGAAGAUAGCAGAUCAUUAGUAGGCUAAUGAGAAGUAGACCAAAAAAUGGAACCAGACUAUCUGCAUAAGCAAAGUUAUUCCCGAAAGUUCACACAAGACUCUACAUCCAGUCGGUCUGUAGCAUGAGGAUCUGUUGAUGUUAUGCCUCCAUGGAAAUAGCGUUUUGGGGGGGAAAUAUCUGUUUUUUGGAAUUUGUGUCCGAUCUUAAAUCCAGAUGGAGGCAUGUACUAUGCGUGGCUGGUGCAGCCUGCACGCUACUAGCAGCUGUGGCGUUACGCCACAUUUGGCAUCUUUGCUGGGAUUGUACAUGUCUGGGCAAUACUGAUAAUAUAGUAUACAAAGUGGUGAGGAUGAAAUUGGAAAAGUCAAUGAGUUUGGGUCCCACCCUGACAUCUAGAGUUUAGAAAUUCACAAUCUGAUGUUGAACAAAGAAAUUUACGUGAGUGGGAUUCGAAACUUGGACCUGCAGAACAUUGAUUGGUCGGCAGUAUUGUAGUCAAGUAUAUUUCCAUGAGUACGAGUAUGAGUACUUUGCCAUGAGUACAAGUACCUUGCCGCGAGUACGAGUACAAGACAAAUUAUUUCAAUGUGUGUGAGUACCGGUACGAGUAUGACUAUUUUAUGAAUAGCCUACAAGCACAUAUUUGUGGGUACACAUUCUCUCACAGGCAUUUUUAUGUCAAUAUGGGUAUUAAAUGAAUGCCAAAAAACAAUACCGUACCAAAAAAAUGUCUUUUCCUAAAAAAAGAAUAAGAUACCAGUAAGAGCAUAGGUAAUUUUUUUGGCCCUGCGAGUAUGAGUACGAGUACAUUCGUCAGCCCGGUUCAUACUUCACACAAAAGCGAAAGCGAAGCGAAAUUUGUGACAUCAACAAUUAUGUUCAAAGCACGCCCACCAUUGUUGAUGACAUGAAUUUCGCUUCGCACUUGCUUUCGCUUGAAGUAUGAACCAACCUGUAUUAGUAUUCUCAUGGUCAAACGGUGCAACUGGUUUUAAAUUCCCCCCCACCCCCCCAAAAAAACCCCAAUCACAACAAGAAACUGAAAUUUGUACCAUAUUUUUUUGCAUUGUUUACAAUCUGUGGUAGCGAUAUUGGCAUAAUUGAUUACCAAAGAGAAAAUAUAGAAGACCUUGAACUUUUAAUGCAAUUUUUCUUGAUAAUGUGUGGGGUUUUUUUUCAAGAUAUGCCUUUUGCCAUGAGAAGGGCCGAAAUAUGAAGUGUUUACUUGGUCACACCAGAUCUUCACAAGAGGAAUAUUAGUCGGCAAACUGUCCAAAGUUUGAAACAUGGUGCAAAUCAAAAUAAUGUGAGAAGUUAAAAGUAGAAAUUACAAACAGAACAACCCAUAGGAUAGUUCUUCGUGCACUUUACAAAUCAUCCUGUGCAUACGGGCGAAUGCAAUUCGUUUUUCAAACUGUUUACAGUAACACAGAUGGAAUUUGUGCAAAUUGUUACAGUGACUUAAAUAUUAACGACGGUAUAUGGCACUGCAUUCUGAACCAUGUUAUUACUUGGGUCAAUAUUGGUCAAGACCCCCAUUGGUUUGUUAACAGUAUGCCAGGAGGUGAGGAAGAACAUUGUAUUUUCUUCUUGACCAUCAAAAUGAAAUAUUACCAAAAAAACUGCACGAGUUGCACACUACUUGAGUGUCACUCCAAUUAAAUAAUUACACAUAUUACGUUGUGAUAAAAUAUGUUAGGUAUUUAGAAUUAGCAGUUUUGUCGCCAAUUAUUAUUAUUAUUACAAUAAGAUAUUUUCUGAUUAACCACCACGUGAAACAGUGUUUGCUAGUUAUUUUUUUUUCGAAGGAAGAUGUUAUAUUUAAAAUUAAAAACAGUGUGCUUUCAUUUUUUUUCUUCAGAUUUUUGUUUCUAGCGAUUGUGAUUUUUGUUUGUAGGUUUAUGCUUUACCAUUCUCACUUUUAAUAUUCUCAGUUUUAAUGUGAACCAAGAUUGGAUUGAAUUCGUAAGAAUGAAAUGUCAUUCCUGACGUCAUUUCAGGAUUUCACUGUGUGCUCUCUCGUUUUGCAAAUUUGUGUUAGCGUUUUGGGCACAAUUAAGUCAUAAGAAAACACCAAUUUUUAUCAGAAUGAAGUUUCACAAAUUGUCAAUAUAAAUUUUAUUCAUUAUGGAGAAGUUGUAAAUAUAAUAUGCUAUGUACAAAGUUACAUCAUACUAAAUUAAACCAAAUAAAAUGAACGUAACAUGCA